AUGGGCUAUGAAAACACAGUGCCGGAGAUACUUGAGGAUGAACUUACGGACGAGGAGGUCUUCAAAAACUAUCACCACGAAGCUCUGAAACGACAAAACUUCCUCCGCGAAAACCACCGCGAUACACCCGCGCUAGCACUUUCCAAAGAGCUCUGUAUAUCCGCGGAGAAGUCUGCAAGAAAGUAUUGCAACGAUCGAACGGCCGACUACCAGACAGGCCAAAGCGUGGCAUUCUUCGCGAGACGAGUUUCAGAAACAGAACUUGAAGAGGAUAAACAAGAUUGUGCUGUUCUUGCUUGCCACAGAUGGUACGACCAAAUCGUCGCUUACUUAGAAGUCUGGAGCGAAACCAAAGAAGUCGGCUUUGGAGUUGCGCAUGACUCGGACAAGGGAAUCGUCGUUGUCGCUAAGUACCUACCUCAAGGAAACAGCGAGAAUCAGUACGACCUCAAAGUUAUGCUUCCAGAGCGGCCAUGGAAGGAAAUCAAAGAAGAGGAGAUCAAAAUGAACGAGAAAAAAACGAGCGCUCGGCGCGAGCGUGUAAAAGAGCUCAAUAAGGACGAGCAGUUCGAGGGCUACCAGCUGGAUGCUCUUUCGCGGCACAACGCGCUAAGACAGAGGCACUGUGAUACGUACAAUUUAGAGCUAUCGCGUCGUCUUUGCCAAGAAGCACAGCAGGAAGCUACUUCUCGAAUACAAAGCCUUUCCAGCUCGAGUCCGGAGAACCUACCCUUCGAAGAAUCGAUAAGCAGUUCCGACGGGACGAAUUAUAGAGUGUGUGCCAUCCCAGAUCCAGAUGACAAGGAAGAAGAUCCAGAAGAAUCAAAGCUGAAAAUUCUUACACGCGAGACUAUUUUCGAAUGGUACAGCCAACUUCAAAACUACCUCAAAUCGCUCGAUGCGAAAAAGUACCCAGAUAGAUCAAAGUUCAAUUCGUGGUGCUGCUUCACCCAGCUCGUGUGGCGCCAAUCGUACGAGUUCGGCUUCGCUAUCCAGUACGACAAUGAAAACAGAGCCCAUAUCGUCGCCAAGUACAGAAGCCAUGGAAACGUCAGCAACUGUUAUUUGGAGAAUGUAGGACUGCCAAAGGUGCCCCAGCGAAGUAAAUCAACUUCAAAAGCCGAGUAA